GCCGAAAAUGUGACAUUAAAAGAGAAUGUCAAAAUAUUAGAAGCUGGAAAUGCAGAAUUAGUAGAUAAAAUAAGUGAGUUGACAGUUCACAACAUCACUCAAAAUUUGCACACCACCAAGCCUAAUGACAGUGCAGAUAUUGGUCAAACGUCAAUGGUCCAAAAGCUGAAGACUAAGGAGAGGAAGAUAAAAAGAUAUGAGGAUUACGAGUAUAGCAAUAAGAAAAGGGACAAGGGACACAUUGAGAAUUCACAUUCAAUUAUCACCCUUGCGGAUGAAGCAGAAAAGAUUAGUGCAACGAAAGAAAAAGAGAAACACGAUAAGGAAAUUGCAAC